AACCUCAAACGCAGCCGUAGCGACGACACCAUGCUGCGUGACGACAGUGAGACGAGCAACACUGUAGCGAUCAGUCCAGAAGGCGCUGCUACAGAUGUACAUUCGUCGACGAAUCAGAGACGAGCGUUCCUUCCCAUGGGAUCGAGUCGCAACGGCUUCUGCUCGGAGGGCAUGGCCAAUGUAGCAAGAAGCGUCGACGACAACGUAUCAGCGGCUGUGCCGAUCGUCAAGAUGCGCUACCGCUCGAGUCCGACGGAAGGAAGUAAAGCAGCUGAUCGUAACAGUUUUUUCGAUCUCCUCGCCGCGCAUCGCACCGCCGACGCGCUGCGCGAUCAGCGCAGUCCCGGACCGCCUCUCGGAAGGCAGUACUUCUCACCGGGCGAAUUAGCUGAUGAAGACAGCUCGCAACAUUCGUCUCCGGGCUCGACCGGAAACUCGCGCCAGUCGCCUCUUCAUUGGCUGGUUAAGAUGGGCGUGGCGGAGCACGACGGUAACUUGCCUAUAUCGAUCAGGCGACCGAAGAAAGAAGAGCGAGCGGUUAGUCCGCCGAUCAAGCGGGUGAAACAGCAGCCGUCGACGUUUUUGAAGAGGCUACGGUCGGGAUCGAGCGAGAUGAGUCUCGACAAGACGGAAACGGAGAGACUGAAGAAGCGGGCAUUUGCACACUACGACACUCAAAGUAUGGCAUCUAGUCUCACCAAGAGUCCAGUUAACUCUCCAGCCGACAUCAAUAAGAACACAGGAGCAUCCGCUAUCUCCCAGCAAUGGGACGAAAUUGAUGACGAAGAACAAGCAUCGAAUGAUCUUUUGGCGUCGUGUCCCUUCUUUCGAAACGAAAUUAGUCAAAGUCACAAGCCAGAUGUGCGCUCGAAUGGUAUGUUUAGCGUAAAGGUGGGAAGCACACAGCGACGUCGAGUAUCAAGAGCCGCUGACACGGUGAUGGAGUCGAAGAGGAGAAGAGACUCGGAUGUAUCUGAUCAUCAGGGAGGUGACAAGAACAGUUGGCUGUUUAGAGAGAACUUGAGAGGCAACGAAUCGCGUGAUCCUGAACGUGAGAUGUUUGAGUUUGUUGACUAUGGAGCUUUAUACUACAGGAAGUUCUUCUAUAAUCUCGACCACCAGAAUUACCUUGGUGUAGACGAGAAUCUCGGGGCUGUUGCCAUUUCUUUACGUCGAGAGGUAAUGGAAAGUUCAGUCGGGAAGGAAAGAUAUCUAUACAGAAUCAUCGCACGGACGUCACACUUGGUUGCACUGCGUGGAAGUAUCCCUGAAGACUCGAUUCCUGCCUCAUGCAAGCCAACGAGUCGUGGUCUACCUGCUAAAGACGUGCUUGACUUUGUUGCCGGAAGUGAACUGCAGUUGUCGUGUCUCAGACUUGCUCAAACAGGAAACAAGGUUCCUGAGCAGUUGUUGAGACUUGAUGAAGAGGGACUUAGUUUGAAGUAUCGUAUUGGUGUUAUUUACUGUAAAGAGGGUCAAUCAACAGAAGACGAGAUGUAUGGCAAUGAAGAGGGAAGUCCUGCGUUCGACUACUUUCUUUCUCAACUUGGUGACAAAGUCAUUCUACGAGGAUUUGCAGGCUAUCGAGCUCAACUUGACACUAAAACCGAUUCUACUGGGACACACUCUGUGUACACGUCGUUUCAUGGGUGCGAAAUAAUGUUUCACGUUUCAACGUUGUUGCCCUACAUGCCGAACAAACAGCAGCAGGUUUUAAGAAAACGACAUAUUGGGAAUGACAUUGUGACUAUAAUAUUUCAAGAGCCGGGUGCCAAGUCGUUCUCUCCUAAAGUCAUUCGAUCGCAGUUUCAACAUGUUUUUAUCAUUGUUCGUGUUCAUAAUCCAGAAGCUGAAAAGCCACAAUACAGUGUUGCCGUUUCACGAAGUAUGCACGUUCCUAGCUUUGGACCAGAGCUGCCACCUUACGGCUACUUCGAUCCUGGCAAAGGCUUUCGAGAAUUUCUUCUAACGAAAGCAAUUAACAGCGAGAAUGCAGCUCGACGUUCUGCUCGAUUUGCAGCAAUGGCUAUGAGAACAAGGAAAGAAUACCUCGAAGAUUUGGCAAGAAAUUACACGACAAGUCAGACACUAGACUCGGCAUUUGGAUUAUAUGGGAAGCUGUUUCCUCGAUCUCUUGGGCAAAAGAGGAAGGAGAAGUUGAAGCCAUAUCUCAGUCUGGAGACGGCAGUGAGAGGAGCAAUCACGUGGAAUGUAGAGGCUGAUGAUUUUGGCACGUGUCCUGAGGAGCGAAAUAUCUCUUGUGUGUUCGGCGUAUCCGUUGACAACGUCGUACUGGUCGAUGAGUCAACUAAGGAAACAGUGUUCAGUAUUCCUUCGAAGACGAUCAUUGGGUGGACAUCAAAAGAUGACAGUCUGAAAGUCUAUUACAACACUGGAGAGUUUAUUAUGUUGCGGUUACCACGUGGUGCUGACCUCUAUGACAUACAAGAGAUGGUCAAACGACUGUCAGCUGUCAGCUCAGGAUGCGAGACUCAAGAGAUGACACUUCGACGCAACGCCACUGGUCAGCUGGGCUUCAGCAUUCAGCCACGAGGGCUAGUCGGAGACGUUGACCCCUACAGGUUUGCCUAUCAAGCAGGUGUUAGACCAGGGGCAAGAGUAGUCGAGAUUGGUGACAUUCCCGUGUGCUUUCUCGAUCACGAGCAAACAGUUGAGCUUCUUCGUGUCGCUGGCUCAGUCAAAGUGAUGGUCAUACCACCUCUACUGGAUGGUCAAUCACGAGGGGCUCUUUUGCAGAGGCCUUUGAGUUGGUCGUCUCUGUUGCCGCAGAUCACUUCAGAGCCGAUGAAACACGAGGCAGAGACUCUGGAGGCGAAGGCUGUUUUACGCAAACGGAUGUGUGUACUAGAAAGACCAAAUAGUGCAGACAGGUUGCUCGAAAAGAGGAAAUUGGAGUCAAGAAACAGAACCGCUGGCUCUUUACCCGAUCUGAGUACAGAAACAAGAUGGUAUGAGAGUAGUUCUGAUGAGGCAGUAAUGUCUGAAGAGGAUAAGAGCUCACUUGGUCAGUUGUCGUACGUCAGUUCUGAGGCACACGACAACGACCCAACAUCGACUCAACACUUCCCUCUCGAUUCCAGCCAAGGCAACAUUCCUUCACAUUUACGUCAAACAUCACCACUAGCUGUUGACGAUGUCGAGGUGAACAUGACGAGUAAUAAUGUUUCUGGGCAUGAGACAGAUGAUGAAGAGGAAGUAGCAAAGAUGGACACGGAAGAAACGAAGGAAGAUGAAGAGAUGGAAGAAUACAGUAGUCCUGUUGUAGUUGAAGUUCAACGACUACCGGUACAGUCUCAGUCUCAGCCACAGCUCUCACUCGUGUCCAUCUCGACGCUUGCCAAGCCACGAGUUGCUACUAUUGCAGAUCUAUCUUGUCCUGUUAUGCCUGAGAGUCGUCUCAGUCCGUCUGUGAUGCGAAAGGAGUCAGUUGAGAGGGUGAGCUCGGAUGAGGGAAGUCCUUUUGUAGAGAGGAGGAGGAAGGAAGACGAACGACCAUCUGACGAAAUGGUGCAGCUUGUGUCACAAGCCAUGACGAAAAUUGGUGAUCUCGAGAAGCAAGUGCAGCAGCUGAGCAGCCAGUUGAGAAGUGUGUCAAUAGAAAACGAACGUCUCAACAAACAGCUUGUGAGUGAAAAGAAAGAAAAUGAGAGUCUACGGGUCGAAGCCAGACGAGCAGCAUCCGAGCUACGCGACUUCACCGAUUGGUUUUACCAGCAGCAAUUUCAUCUCGUCGUCCAGGAGGAUUUCUGAUUGAUGACUGACCUCCUUUGUAUAGAAGUCAGACAUGCACACGAUUGCAUGGUUACGUACGUGUGCGCACACAUACAUGCGUGCGCACACACACACACGAAUGUCUGUACAGUAGUCCACAGCUGUAGGCCUUUCAGAAGAUACUUUCUACUUGUUUUGCUAGUGGGACGGACGUCUACAAGUGGAUUUAUAUUGUUGAUUGAGAUUAUUAUUAUUGAGAUGAGUUGACAUGA